CCCGGGGCCGACUCCCGAGCGCAGGCGGGCGGCCUGGCUGGCUGCGCGGCGCGGGCCGGCGGGAAGCUCAUACUGGGCGCGGGGCGCCGGGCCAGCCGGCCGCGCCGGGCGAAACUAGUGGGAAGCCGCUAAGGCCUCGCGCGGCGCCGCCCGUCGAGGGGCGGGCAGACGGCAGUGGACGACCGGGCCGUCGAAGGGCUCAGGAGGCGGUGGGCCGGGCCGGGCCGCACAGCGCAGCCAUGCCUGGCUUUACGUGUUGCGUGCCGGGCUGCUACAACAACUCGCAUCGGGAUAAGGCGCUGCACUUCUAUACGUUUCCCAAGGACGCUGAGCUGCGGCGCCUCUGGCUCAAGAACGUGUCUCGCGCUGGCGUCAGUGGAUGCUUCUCCACCUUCCAGCCCACCACGGGUCACCGUCUCUGCAGCGUACACUUCCAGGGCGGCCGCAAGACCUACACGGUGCGCGUCCCUACCAUCUUUCCGCUGCGCGGCGUUAACGAGCGCAAGGUAGCACGCAGACCCGCCGGGGCCGCAGCCGCCCGCCGCAGGCAGCAGCAGCAGCAGCAGCAGCAGCAGCAGCAGCAACAACAGCAGCAGCAACAGCAGCAGCAGCCGCCGCCGCCGUCAGCCUCCACUGCCCAGACCGCCCAGCUGCAGCCGAACCUGGUGUCUGCCUCUGCGGCUGUGCUCCUCACCCUUCAGGCCGCUGUAGACAGCAGCCAGGCUCCUGGAUCCGGGCCGCCGGCGCCCACUCCUCCCACCGGAGAAGAUGUGAAGCCCAUCGAUCUGACGGUGCAAGUGGAGUUCGCGGCCGCAGAGGGCGCAGCCGCCGCCGCCGCCGCGUCGGAGCUAGAAGCUGCCACCGCAGGGCUGGAGGCCGCUGAAUGCCCUAUGGGCCCCCAGUUGGUGGUAGUAGGGGAAGAGGGCUUCCCCGAUACGGGUUCCGACCACUCGUACUCGUUGUCGUCAGGCACCACGGAGGAGGAGCUGCUGCGCAAGCUGAACGAGCAGCGGGACAUCCUGGCGCUGAUGGAGGUGAAAAUGAAGGAGAUGAAGGGCAGCAUCCGCCACCUGCGUCUCACGGAGGCCAAGCUGCGGGAAGAGCUCCGCGAGAAGGAUCGACUGCUGGCCAUGGCUGUCAUCCGUAAGAAGCACGGAAUGUGAACAGGUCCCCCGGUGGCCUGUGGGACUUCCUGGCCCCUGCCAGCCUAGGAAGCCUGCAGGCCGCUGUUGCAAACUGCUCUGUGCUCCUGGGACACUGGUUGACUGUAUUGAGGCUUAGGGCAGCUGGACUGUUGCUGGUUACCUGGCACCCUCGUUUCCUCCUGAAGUCUGGAACCUCGGACUCUGCACUGGUGACACCAGCAGUUAUGACUUUGUCUAUUCCCUCUCUCUCACCUCAUCACCCCCAGUGUAUAUUGCGGUUUCAGGUUAAGCAGAGGCUUAGGAACCACUGAACUUGAAACUUAUCCUCUAGGGAUGCAGGUGGAAUGCCCAAGGACUAUGGGUUUGGGAAGACAACACCUUGAGGUUGGCCUGCAAUCAGAGACAACGUUUCUGUGUGUAGUGAUAAGGGAGCCAAGUGACAUCAGUUCUUGUUUUCAUGCUUUUCUUUCCCAGGUGCAGCCUGUGAUUCUGAUGGGGACUGGCAGAUCUGUGCCUGUCUUCUAGGACCUCCCUCCCCAGGAGGCCACCUACAAGGGGAUCUAGGUGACAUGCUGAUGGAAAUCCAGCUUGCCAGGGACUUAGGUUUAUCUUGUUAUGUUUGCUACUGGUUACAAAUUCUAUUUUCUGUACAAUUAGUCAGACUAAAGUUUUCACUGUGUUUGUUUGGCAAAUGAAUUAAACAGAAAGUAAGGUUUUUAUUUGGGUUUCGCUAUUUUAUUUGUAUAAGGACUCAACUAAGUGGCCCUGAAACAUGGGGAAAUAGGCUUCGGCCUUAGGUCACAGGGACCAGGCUCACCCUGGGAGUAGAGAUGGUCUCUCCAUAAAGGAGUUAUAAGCACAUGGACCUUGGCCUUUUAGGGUCCUCACAGAUUUUCUGGCUCAGCUCCUGCCAGUUUGGAAACCAAACUGUUCCAGUUUGUCCAUGGGUUAGCAGCUUGUGUCCUUUCAACAGGGAGAAGGAGCAACUAACUGAGAACUAAACUGAAUUGUGACAGUCUACUUCUCUGAGGGGUUUGAAUUCCUCAUGAGUUUUCAGGUCACCAGUAUAGCCCUUAUCCUAGUACAGGGCCUGACACAUUUGAGCAUGCAAGUACUCAAAUCAGUGAAGACCUCAGUUGGAACCAGCCGUGGUUCCUGCAGGCACAAGGACUCUUGUAUAAAUACCUUUGGUCUUGGUACUCUUUCAGUGUGAAGGAGCUGGAUCUAUAGAAGGCUUGUAGGAAUAGGAGUUGGGAUUUGUGAUCCUUUGACUUAUUUUCUAGACUGCUUCCAUCUUUCUUAAGAUUGGAUAUUGU